AUGAGUUUGGAUGAAAAGAAUAGCACUUUAUAUGUUUCUGAAUUUCUUAAAGGUCAAGUGAAAAAGAUUAGUUUUCAAUGUUCAUAUGGAUAUAAGAUAGAUUCGUAUUUCAAUUGUGAACCAUUCUGCGAAAAUGAAUGUAAACAUGAUGGAAUAUGUAUUGCACCAAACAAAUGUGAUUGCUACUCUAAAUAUGAUGGAGAUUAUUGUCAAUAUCCUAUUUGCUAUGGAAUUCCAAGUAAUAUUAAUUCCACAUGUUCCAAAAAUGGGGAAUGUCAAGAUUUUAACAAAUGCCAAUGUUAUGAUGGAUAUUUUGGAGAUGAUUGUACAGGAAUACUUUGCUUUGGAAAGAACACAACAGAUGCAACUGUUUGUUCUGGGCAUGGUAAAUGCAUUGCCAAGAAUCAGUGUUCCUGUACAGAUGACAUGUUUGGAGGAUUGGAGUGUCAAUAUCCUAAAUGCAGGGGAAUAGAAUCUGAUAAGAAAGAAGUAUGCUCAUCACAUGGUAAAUGUGAAGCUCCAAAUACGUGUUCAUGCUUUGAAAACUAUGUUGGAGAGGACUGCCAGUUUAUUUCUUGCUUUGGAAAAUAUUCGAAUGAUUCUAAUGUGUGCUUUGGAAAUGGCAAUUGUUCUUCACCAGAUUUUUGCGCGUGUAGAAAAGGUUAUACAGGAACUGAGUGUGAAUAUACUACUUGCUUUUGGAAAGUUUCAAACGAUUCCUCUGUUUGUUCAGGACAUGGCAAGUGUGUGAAACCUGACACUUGUGAAUGUUCCAAUCAUGAUCAGUUUACCGGUAUUCAAUGUGAAAUACCAAUCUGUUAUGGUGUUCCAGCAAAUAAUAACAGUGUUUGCUCUUCACAAGGUACUUGUAUUGAUGUAGAAAGUUGCCAAUGUAACUUGGGAUAUCAUGGACCUAUGUGUAAUGUAAUUGAAUGUUUUAAUCAAUAUUCCAAUCAGAGUAGUGCCUGCAGUGGUCACGGGCAGUGCAUUCUACCAAAUCUAUGCCAAUGUCAUGAGAAUUCUUUCACUGGACUUGAAUGUGAACUUCCAGUAUGUAACAAUAUUACACAAACUGAUCCAAGAGUAUGUUCUGCUAAUGGAGAAUGCAAAGCAAUCAAUGAUACUACGAUAUGUGAUUGUAGGAAUGGAUAUGCAGGAACUGAUUGCGAAUUUCCAACUUGUCUUGGAAUUCCUUCAUCUGAUGUCGACAGAGUUUGUGGUGGAAAGGGAGAUUGCUUGGCCCCUAAUUUGUGUAAAUGCAAAGAUGGACUAUAUGAUGGAUUAUAUUGUGAAUUUCCAACAUGUAGUGGAAAAUCAAUGAGAAAUAAUACGGCAUGUAGCGGUUUGAAUCAAGGAAUUUGUGAAUCUCUAAACAAUUGUGUCUGUAAACAUGGAUAUACAGGAAACGAAUGUCAAAUUCCAAUAUGUUUUUCUGAAUUGUCAUCGUCACCUCUUGUAUGCAGUGGACGUGGUACUUGUACAUCAGCUGACCGUUGCAAAUGUAAGAACGGCUAUUCAGGAAAGAAUUGUGAAGUUCCUCAUUGUUUUGGUAUCAGUGCUAAUCUUUCAAGAGUUUGUAACUGGAGAAAUGGUACCUGUGUUGAUAAGGAUCGAUGUGAAUGUAAUUUAGGAUAUCAUGGCAAUAAUUGUCAAGUUCCAACUUGUAAUGGAAUUCUCUCUACUGAGCCGUCAUGUUGUGGAGGACCAUUGCGAGGUCAAUGUUUGGCUCACAACUCUUGCUCAUGUGCCCAUGGUAAAUAUGGUGGACCAAAUUGUGAGUUUUCCUAUUGCUUUGGAAUACUUUCGAGUGAGGCAAAUGUUUGUAAGGGAACGGGAACUUGUAUUUAUCAUGACAAGUGCGAAUGCCAUCUUGGUUACGCUGGUAGUGAUUGUGGAGUCCCUUUAGAGGCAGUGUAUAUUGCCUCAUCGAUUGGCGGAGUUAUUGUCUUGGCCUUAUUAGUCAUUCUCCUUGUUGUUUGUUCCUUGUAUUUGAGAAAAGUUAUUAAGGCAAAGCAAAAUUUGAAAAGAAUGGAGAAUCUUGUCGAUGAUAGGGAAAUGUAUACAUCAUUGGUAGAAACCAGUUUUCACAGCACAUCCUCGAAGGAUUUGUUUUUAAAUCCGAGUGACUUUCAACCAAUUCAGGGACAAUACAGAGCCAUGGAAGGUGGGCAAGGAAAAGUCUACGUCGCCAAUUAUAUUGGUAUCAAAGUUGCACUUAAAAAGUUCCAUAACAAUGUUCCAAAUGAUGACAUGGACGAAUUGUCAAAUGGAAUUUCUGAAGACAUUGAAAAGGAAAUGAGAAUGUUAAACGGUCUAAGACAUCCAAGUAUUGUUACAUUUUAUGGAUAUACUCUCUAUAAUGGAUCUCCUUCCAUGGUUAUGGGAUACGUUCCUCACGCCCUAAAUUCAAUCAUUUACAAAAUAAGGAGAGGUCAGAAAAUGAGUUUGGAUUUGAAAAUUCAAAUAAUUUACAAUGUUAGUCAAGGAUUGGAACAUUGUCAUACAAGAUCUCCUCCAGUGAUUCACAGAGAUAUAAAAUCAGCAAAUAUUUUACUGGAUGUCAAGUCUGAAGAGGAAAAUAUUAUUUCAGAAGUAACAGAAGUCAAGAUUUGUGAUUUUGGAUUAAGUACUAAAGCGGAUAGAGCUGAAACAAAGGUUAUAGGUACUCCACAUUAUAUGGCACCUGAGCUAUUUACUUUGAGAAAUAUGUACACUGACCUGUUUGUAAAUGAUGAUGAAGAUGAAGAUGAAAUUACAGAUGGCAGCUUUGAUGAUUCAGUGGAUUAUGACACAUCUUCCGAUGUAUAUUCUUUAGCUAUUGUUAUGUGGGAGCUAUUCUUUGAAUUACCACCGUAUGACAUGUCCGUUUAUGAUCAAUGUCAUCCUUCACUUUUUAGAAAAAUUGCCAAACAUCGAAAAAUGUCUGCCCAAGCCUCCAAAGAUUUACUUUCAAGAGGUAUUCUCCUGAGUAAGGCUAAUUUCAGACCAUUCAUCCCAUUCGAUGAUAGCAACACUCAAGAUUGGUUAUUGAAUUACAGAACCUUUGAUGUUAAAUUAUUUGGAAUUGACCAACUUGAAACCUUAACUAAACAAUUCAUAAAUCUCAUGAAAGAAUGUUGGAAGACAGAUCCAUAUCAAAGACCUCAAUCUUCCAAACUCAAAGAACAACUCCAAAAGAUGCUGAAUAAGAAAUAA